AUGGAAGCCGUCCAGCGUGAAUUCUCUGUGCAGCUGAUGUUUAUCAUGGAUACUCAUAUUCCCAGGAAAAAGAAAACUGCCACUGGACGCAGGAGAAUAGCGCCGCUGGAGUACCCGCCCGGCACGACUCGUGCUGAACUGGACCAAAUACCAGCUAACAGGAAAUGGUGCCUACUGGACGUUGCCGUCUGUGGCUCAGAACAUCGCCUAAGCCGCGCUAAGUUUAGACUCAGCCGUAAGCUGGAGAAGAUCGUCUAUCAUAGCGUCCUGUACAAUGAAGGUGCGCUGAACACUGCCCUGAGUAGAUAUCGCUGGCACAUCAAGGAAGACCCGACCGAGGACUACGAAGCGCUGCUUCGAGGCCUUCAUUCGUGCGCUGAAUCGGCCGUUCUCGUACAAGGAGAGAAAGCACCAGACGCAGCACUGAAAGGACCUAGCCUAAAAAAAUGCAGGCGGAAUCACCGAGACCAUAGUAUCCUCUCCGUGUCUGAAAAGGUAAUAUGGAACACCGACCUAUUCCGGCAUGGAAAUGGAGAUAACGCAAAGGUUUUACACCAACCUCUACCAGUCCACCACACACGGACAGGACCAGCGAUCCCUAUGAGAGAUGAGGCACCCCGAAUCCUGCCCUUAGAGCGCGUGCAUGACAGGUGGCACAGCGCCAGACAGUAUCUCAGUCAGUACGCUUCGAGCGGCUGGCCACGAACUUCAUAUGACUCUCGCAAUACGCACGAUGUCAUAUCUCCAAAACGAAAGAAUUAUAGGCUGGUGGAGGAAUUCGUGCAUGGUUACGCUGCACAAAUAAGUAAGUUGCUAUGGCCUAUAAGUGUGCCAAGAUCUCCGAAUGUCCCUCAUCCCAACUCCAUAGAUUACCAGAGGCUUGACAGCGUCGAGACUACCGCGAUUGUCUCCGCACUAGUUGACUAA